GGUCGGCAUGUUGAGUAAGGGCUUUGGAGACGGAGAUCACAAGAGCAGCAGCACCACAGGAUCGCAGUUCUUGGAGCAGUUCAAGACGGCGCAGGCCCUGGCGCAGCUGGCGGCCCAACACUCGCAGUCCGACGCAUCUAGUAACAACGCCUGGGACCUGACCUCUGCAGCACAACCGCCAUCCCUGGGGCAGUUUGAUCUCAAGAGCCCUUCGGAUCCGUUCAGCAAGCGCCAGACGUUCCCGCCGGCUUCCGCUAUGAUGGAGGCGUUCCUUCAGGAGAAGGCGCCGGUGACGAGCACGCCAUCCGCCGUACCGGUGUGCCCUUCCUCGCCUCUGACCGGCAAGAGCAGCCACCCCACACAGAUGUCCCCGGUGUCAUCGGAGAACCAGUCGGGAAGUCCUCAGCCUGCCCACCAGAAGAUGAAGGUUCAGAAGAAGAAGGCCUCCCUCACGUCUAAGAUUCCGGCUUUGGCGGUGGAGAUGCCCGGCACAGCUGACAUCUCUGGGCUCAAUCUGCAGUUUGGUGCUUUGCAGUUCGGAUCGGAGCCGGUGUUACAGGAAUACGAAUCGUCUCCAACCACCAACGCUACAGUGAGCCAAUCACAGAACAGCUUGUAUACCAGCCCGGCAAGCGAGUCGUCCAGCUCUGCGGUCAGCAGUCAGAGCCCCGAGUCUGCCUAUCAAGCUAGCAGCAUCCAGAGCGCAACCUAUACCUCACAAGGCACUUCUCAGGGGCCUUUAUACGAGCAGAGGUCCACGCAGACGCGGCGGUAUCCCAUCUCUUCCUCCACCUCAUCCCCGCAGAAGGAACUCGGCCAAUCUAAGAACGGCUUCAGCUCAACACAAGCUCCCACGAUGCAGCCCUCUGUGUCUUGCAGUGUCCACAAACCCCCCUCCCUCGGCGAAAGCAGAUUCAUCGUCUGCCCCCAGCAUCUCCGCUCUUAGUGACCCCGUCUCUGCAUCCUCCUUACUGACCACGGCUGGAUCCCACUCCACCCAGCUUAGUGGUCUGAGCCACAACGAGGAGCUGCAGAAUCCGCCUGCAUCCACGCAACUCAGCAGUACUCUACCCCCCCAGCACCAGAACGCCUGUGUCCUCCCACAGUCCCCCCAGAACCUCCUCGUCCACUAUCCCCUGCACACCAAUGUGGAGAGUGACACCAGUUUUUGCACUCAUCAGUCACCACCUUUUCCACGGCCUCCACACCAUCCCCAGCGUUGUACCCGCCUCCUCCACCCUCAACGUCAGCAGUCUGGGGCUUGGCCUGACCACGACUUCCACAGUCGCCCUCUCCACGCGGAACUCCCAUCGCUUCUGCAUCAGGUAAAGCACCUCCAAACCUCCCCCCUGUGUGGCCCCGCUGUUACCGAACCCGUACAUCAUGGCUCCUGGUCUGUUACACGCCUAUCCUCCCCAGGUAUAUGGUUACGACGAUCUUCAGAUGUUACAGACGAGAUUCCCCCUGGAUUAUUACAGCAUCCCGUUCCCUACGCCCAGCACUCCUCUUACUGGAAGAGAUGCGAGCCUGACCAGCAACCCGUACUCCGGUGACCUCACCAAAUUCGGCCGCGCAGACGCCUUCCCCCGCCCCGGCGACGACGCUGGCGCAGCCUCAGCAGAGCCAGACUCAAGGCCACCACACCACACAGCAAACAUUCCUUAACCCCGCCCUGCCUCCGGGAUACAGCUACACCAGUCUUCCCUACUACACCGGGGUACCGGGUCUACCCAGCACUUUCCAGUACGGCCCCGUGUUCCCAGUGGCGCCUACCACAUCGAAGCAGCACGGGGUGAAUGUUGGGGUCAAUACUUCGGCUGGCGCCUUCCAGCAAGCGGCCAGCUACGGCUCUCACGCUUACAACACCGGCGUGUCUGUCACCUCCAGUAACACCGGCGUCCCCGAUAUAUCCGGCUCGGUCUAUUCCAAGACGCAGCAAUCGUUUGAGAAGCAGGGAUUCCACACUGGCACCCCGGCGACUUCCUUCAACCUGCCCUCGGCGCUGGGGAGCGGAGGUCCCAUCAACCCGGCUACAGCUGCUGCCUACCCUCCGGCCCCAUUUAUGCACAUCUUGGCACCGCAUCAGCAACCUCACUCACAGAUCCUCCACCAUCACCUCCAGCAAGACGCUCAGACCGGCUCGGGACAGCGCACCCAAGGAGCCUCCAUGCCGCAAAAAUCUCAGGCAACCAAGUCGGCGUACAGCAGCUACAGCUGGGGCUCCAACUGA